AUGAUUAGCAAACAUAAGUCUGAAAAUUUAAAAACGAAAUUUAAUUUCUCUAUGUCAGUUGGUGUUGACAGUAGAGAUAAGGCCUUGAAGUGUAAAACAUGGGCUCUUGUACGUGACCUCUACUUGGACUCACCUUAUCCUAUUGUUCUUGGAGGUGAUUUCAACGAGAUACUUGGGCAUCAUGAGAAGACAGGAGGUGUUAUGCGUGAACAGCGGGUUAUAGACUCUUUUAGGGAGGUGCUUGACGAAUGUGGCUUACGUGACCUUGGCUAUGAGAGGUCGUGGGUUACUUGGGAACGAGGCACUCCGGCUGGGGAGGUAGUACGUGAAAUACUGGACAGAUUUGUGGGUUGUACUAGGUGGUGCGCAUGGUUCAGUGAGGCAAAUGUGACACACUUGACGAAGUUUAAAUUUGAUCAUGUGGCAAUUCUCCUUGAUACUGACUCUAAGGAACGCAAGAAGAAGAAAAAUAUGAAGAAAAGGUUUCGGUUUGAAACUUGUUGGUUACUUGCUGAGGGCAUUGAGGACGUCAUUAGAGACUCUUGGAGUGGAGCUAGUCAUCUCGAUAUGUCGAACAAAUUGUUAUCAGUAGCAAAUGAUUUGACAAGAUGGAGUAAAGACUCAUUUGAUGAUCUGGGUGAGAAGAUUUCCGAGGCAGAAGAUGCACUCAAGGAGGCCCAACUUCGUUCGAAUUCUCAGUCAAACUUUGAUGAGUGUAAUAAAUUAGAGGCAAUGCUUGAUGACCUUCAUGAGAAAAACGAGGCGUACUGGUUCCUUCGUUCAAGUGUAUCAGAAAUUAGAGACGGGGAUCGCAACACUAAAUAUUUUCACCAUAAAGCGUCUCAACGAAAGAGCAAGAAUCGAAUCAGAGGGCUCAUGGAUUCAAAUGGAGAUUGGCGUACUGGUAAACAUGAUGUGGAAAAAAUUAUUCUUGAUUUUUAUGGCUCUUUGUUCACUGGUGGCGAGAUCGAUGAUAAUUUGCUUAAUGAGGUCCUUGCUAAUGUGCCGAGUUUAGUAUCUGAAGGUAUGAAUCUUUCUUUAAGUCGCCCCUACCUUAAAGAUGAAAUUUUUGCUGCCCUCUCUCAAAUGAGUCCUUGUAAGGCCCCAGACCCUGGUGGUUUACAUGCUAUUUUUUACCAGAAAUAUUGGCAUAUUGUUGGUGAUGAUGUGACUCUAUUUGUUAAUAAUAUUAUUUCUGGUAGAGUGUCGAUGUCUCAUGUUAAUCGUACUAAUGUUGCUCUUAUCCCGAAAGUCAGAGAUCCUACUAGCAUUGCUCAAUUUCGGCCAAUCUCCUUAUGCAAUGUCUUAUACAAAUUAGCCUCAAAAUCUGUGGCUAAUAGACUUAAACCUCUUCUCCAUGGGAUGGUCACAGAAAACCAGAGUGCCUUUGUUCCCAAACGGUUAAUUACUAAUAAUGCUCUUAUUGCUUUGGAGCUCUUUCAUACCAUGAAGAAGAGAUCGAAAGGUCGCAGGGGUUCGAUUGCAAAGAAGCUGGAUAUGAGUAAGGCUUAUGAUCGGGUGGAGUGGGAAUUUUUGAGAAGGUUGUUGACUAAGUUGGGGUUUGCCGGAGCAUGGGUGGAUACUAUUAUGACUUUCGUAUCCACAGUUAGCUACUCUUUCAACAUCAAUGGGGUUCCCUUAAACGAUCUGAUUCCAUCUAGGGGUCUUCGUCAAGGUGAUCCUAUUUCCCCUUAUCUUUUCAUUCUAGUUUCUGAUGUCCUUUCUAGAAUGUUACAGUUGGCUUCGGAGAGGAAAUUGAUCCAUGGAGUUCGGGCAAGUAGGAAUGGCCCCGAGAUUACUCACUUGUUUUUUGCAGAUGAUAUUCUCCUUUUUACUAGAGCUACUCGACAGGAAUGUUCCGUCAUUGUUGAUAUUCUCAACAAAUACGAAGCAACUUCCGGGCAAAAGAUUAAUUUAGAGAAGUCAGAAGUAUCUUUUAGUAAAGGGGUUCCAUUGCCUUCUAGGAUCACUCUUAGCUCCGUACUUGGUAUGAAAAUGGUGGAGAGCCAUGUGAAAUAUCUUGGUUUGCCAACUAAGAUAGGGAGAUCGAAGAAAGCGGUUUUUGCAUUUGUUAAAGAUCGGAUAUGGAAGAAGGUUCAAGGUUGGAAAGAAAAGUUGUUGUCGAGACCCGGGAAGGAAGUGCUUUUGAAGUCCGUUAUCCAAGCAAUUCCAACAUAUCUUAUGGGUGUGUAUAGAUUCCUAAGCAAUUUGAUUAAUGAGAUUCAUAGUAUGAUGGCUCGGUUUUGGUGGGGGUCGAAUGAGAAGGGUAGAAAAAUUCAUUGGAAGAGUUGGGAUGCACUAUGUCAACUGAAGUUCCUUGGGGGAAUGGGGUUUAGGGACUUGGGGAUUUUUAAUGUAGCCCUUCUUGGUAAACAGAUAUGGCGUCUUGCUACAAAUGAUCACUCUCUUGUUAGCCGGGUUUUGAAGGCUAAAUAUUAUCCGAAGAUGUCCAUUUUUGAGGCUGCUCUUGCAAUCCCAAUUAGUGGGCGUCUGCCAAAUGACUCCAUCACAUGGGCAUGGUCUAAGGAUGGAUACUAUGAGGUAAAAUCUGCAUACUUGCUAGGUUCUUCCCUAAAUUUGGAUGAUUUUGACAAAUUUUGGGUUGAGAUUUGGAAUGUUAAGACUACCCCAAAGGUACGUCAUUUUCUAUGGCGUUGCUGCUCCAAUUCCCUGCCUACCCGUAGUCUUCUUAAGCAUCGCCAUCUCAUUGAAGACCCUCUCUGUCCCUGCUGCAAUUUGGCUGAUGAAACGACUGUCCAUGCGAUUAUUUUGUGCCCGAGUGCGCAUCAGUUAUGGCUGAAUAGUGGAUGUAGGGAAGCUCUCAACUUGGCGAAUUCUGAUUCUUUUGGAGAGAUCUUAUUGAAAUGGGCAGAACAUCUCUCAAAAGAGGUUUAUCAGAGAAGCUUAUUCCUUUCUUGGUUUAUAUGGUUUCGACGAAACAAAUGGGUCUUCGAAAAUGCCUGGGAUGCUGAUGAGGCUCUCCUCCUCCGUCAUAGUAGACUGGUAGUUGACUAUGGUGAGUAUACAGAGAAGAUUUAUGGGGGCACCUCUCCUCCGAAUGAACCUGCUGGAAGAACAACAUGGAUGCCUCCUCCAUCUAGUGUAGUGAAGAUCAAUGUGGAUGCUUCAAUUUCUGAUGAAGGAUGUGUGGGGCUUGGUGUUAUAGCUCGCGACAGCAGGGGCCGGGUUCUGUUCUCGAUAGUUAGCAGGGUGAGAGCGCGAUGGGAGCCCUUGAUUGCUGAGAGCAAGGCUGCCCUUUUUGGGCUACGGAAGGUGAGGGACCAGGGCUACAAUGAUGUAAUUCUUGAGGCAGAUUGUUUGCAGCUAGUUUCCAAAAUAAAGAAGAACACCUUCUCCUUGGCAUCGGUGGAUUGCGUGUUGGAAGAUAUAAUUGCUGUUAGUUCGAACUUUUCUUCCAUUUUUUGGUCUCAUGUGAAGCGUGAGGGUAACUUCGUUGCUCAUCACUUAGCUAAGUUAGUGUCGUAUGGUCGUGAACAAUUAUGGGAAUUUCUCGUUCCAGAUGAAAUUUCCCCGUAUGUACUUUUGGAUACACUUUCUUUGAAUUAA